AUGACGUUGUCCAACGCAUUAGCGUUAGAUCAGAGUCUACGCGACGUCUUCUCCCUCCGCGCGGCAAUCCCUGUGCUCAACGCGUAUCUUGCGCCCGUGCAGAUCGACGGCGACCACCCAGGCUUCAUCUUUGACUGGCAAAUGGACAACGUGAGCAUGUUUGUGACUGCUGCGAACACUAUGACCCCGGGUCCAGGGGCUCCGUGGUUGAGGACGAAAUCUCCGCAUAUGACUGUUGACGAGUUCCUUCAGAGGGGUCUGCAGGCAGCGCUGCCGGUGGUUGACGGCGUCGAGCGCCACCUCGCCGUAACCUACUGCCUAGCGGAGAAGAGAUCGCAGCGAUCGAUUCCGAACGGCCUCCCACCAGCUCACUACAACGCGCGCCCACUAUGUCAGCUUUUCAUCUGA